UGAGACUCCGGGUGGUUGUCCCACUGCAAAUAAAGGGAGAUAACGGGCUCUUAGUAGCGGCUGAAAACUUUUUAUACUGACAUGUUAGAGCAAUGACUUUUGCGUAACGGUAAAAACUGGGACUUGGCUCCCAGCAUGAUAUAGGGUCCUUACGGGAAGAGGAAUAAGGAACGAUUGCCACGGCCUGGUGGGGGUAAAGAAAGCAGUGAAUCCGUUGAAGUUUAGAAAGCGAGAAAGAGCGAGCAAGAUUUCCGAAAGUUGAGAGUAAUCCAGAAACACAGCGGCGGUGGAAGAGUUUGUGUACCCAUUUGAAAGAUGAGCUUGAUGUCUGCCAUAGACACCAGUGCCUCCGUGUACCAGCCUGCACAGCUACUGAAUUGGGUCUAUCUCUCUUUGCAAGACACCCACCAAACCAGUGCUUUUGACGCCUUUAGACCCGAACCCAACUCGUCCCACCCGGAGUUGAACUACUGCAAGACUCCCGCCGCGGACUUGAGCUCGUCCCUCAACUCCAAUUAUCUCAACAACUUUUUUCAGCUCCAGCGGAAUGAGGCAUUGAAUAACAGGGUAUAUAAAAAUGUCUCGCCAUACGACUCGCUCAACAACAUUGUUGACGGACUCAGCUCCUUGACGGACCACUUCUCCGACCUCUCCCUCUCCUCAGAGCCCCGCAAGCCAAGCAAAAGACCCCCGCCCAACUACCUAUGCCACCUCUGCUUCAACAAGGGACACUACAUCAAAGACUGCCCCCAGGCACGGCCUAAAGGUGAGGGUCUAACUCCGUACCAGGGGAAGAAGAGGUGUUUCGGAGAGUACAAAUGUCCCAAGUGUAAGAGGAAGUGGAUGAGCGGUAACUCCUGGGCCAACAUGGGACAAGAAUGUAUCAAGUGCCAUAUCAACGUCUACCCACACAAGCAGCGUCCAUUGGAGAAGCCUGAUGGCCUGGACGUCUCAGACCAGAGUAAGGAGCACCCUCAGCACCUGUGUGAGAAAUGCAAAGUCCUGGGCUACUACUGCCGACGCGUGCAAUAACACCUUAAUAUAUACCCCCCCCUUGCUUCACUCCUCCCCUCCCUCUCAUCCAUCCUCCUUCUCCUCUCCCCAUCUCCAUCACCUGUUCCUCAUCCCUUCAACACCCCCUCCCCCUCCCUUGUUCCUCCUCCCCCACUCCAUUUCCCAUCCCCUCUCUGAAUUAGCCGGUAAACCUUCUUUUGGGGAGGUUUGUCACAAAAAACAGUUCUUGGUCAUUAUCCCUACACCUACUGGCCCUUUCUUAAUGGUAAAGGAGUGAGAGAAACUGAUCCAAGAUCUGUACUUAGUGAUUAAAAGCCCACAAAGUGCUCUUGCUAAACAGCGAUAAAACCCCACAAAGUGCUCUUUUUAAACAGUGAAAACUUGCCUAAUAAUUGUAUGUAAAUAUCCUCAAUCAUGACAGGGCCUUAUAGCCUUGUGUACCCCACGCAAUGUGUGUAUAAUGUGAUAUUGUUCUCACUGACAGUAUUGCCCUCUCUUUGGUUUCAUUACCUCACUUUGGGCUCUGUUGAUUUUGUGGUUACAGAAGAGUUUUCCCUGCCAAGUGAAGUGUGUGUGUGGAUGUUCUGAGCAUUAAAACAGACAGACAGGGCUUCUAGUGAUGGUAAUGUAACAAAGGUCCCUAAACCUUCUAUCGUCAUGGGCUCAAGUCGGGGUCAAUGUCUGGUCAAAGGUCAACCUAUACAUUAAUAACUGUGAAUGAAUUAUGAAUUGAUUAUUGAUUGAUUAACUGAGGGAUACCGCACCAUACAUCCCUGGCUUACAUGUUAUAUGUGGUGUAUUUAUUAUUUGUCGUCUGUUUGUCUGUUGUGCAAUUUUGAAUUGAUUUUAACUGGGAUAUAUACAAGUAACUGUCAAAAUCUAGGAAACACCAACAUAAAGUGUCUUAACAGGGCCAGAGCAGUUUCAAUGAACCUUCGCAUAGAUUCUACAAGUGUCUGGAACUCUAUUGGAGGGAUGUGACACCAUUCUUCCACGAGAAAUUCCAUAAUUUGGUGAUCUGUUGAUGGUGGUGGAAAACGCUGUCUCAGGCGCCACUCCAGAAUGUCCCGUAAGUGUUCAAUUGGGUUGAGAUCUGGUGACUGAGACUGCCAUGGCAUAUGGUUUACAUCAUUUUCAUGCUCAUCAAACCAUUCAGUGACCACUUGUGCCCUGUGGAUGGGGGCAUUGUCAUCCUAUGGGGGCAUAGCCAUGGUAGCCAAAAUAAUGGCAAAAAUCAUGGCCUGCCCAGCAUUUUUAUACAUGACCCUAAGCAUGAUGGGAUUUUAAUAGUUUAAUUAACUCAGGAACCACACCUGUGUGGAAGCUCCUGCUUUCAAUAUACUUUGUAUCCCUCAUUUACUCGUGUGUUUCCAUUAUUUUGGCGGUUACUUGUAUAUGAAUGUGUAAUAGUAUACUGUAUGUAUGUUUUUAUAUCAGUAUUAUUGUGUAACUGCUUCUACUUGUCUAUAGAAACUACUUUAGGUUGAGAAUCGUUCUUCGUUUAGAUGUAGUACAGUGAUAAUAACAUUGAUGUUUUGUAUUUAACAUGCUAUGCAUUUACGUCAGCAAUGAAAUUAGUGUUUAGGUAUUAAUCGAGAUUUACAAAUUGACCAGCUUUGAAAAUUCUUGUCCAAAGCCAAAUGCAAUAAGAGCCGUUUCUGUUAUGAUAAAGACUGAAUAUCCAGUUCCUCUUAGCCAAUAUAACAUUCAUAUUUAGACUCUCAAGUGUUAGAUUGAACCUAUCUGCAAUGCUGUAGUCUUUUUUGCCUACCUAAUUUGACACUUUACUUCCAAAUAAUCAUUUUAUUGUAAUGAGUUCCUUGAAAAGUAAUUCCGUCCUGUACUCUAUGUAUGCAAACAAUAUUCUUAUUAAGGACUCAACUUCAGUAGUCAAUUUGGUGUAGGAUGCGGGUAGAUUGACAUGGUGGAUUUUAGUUGAUUAGAACUGGUAUUUAAUCUGGUAUAUACAGUAAAUAAGUAAUCCUUAUGCAUUUCAAAGUGGUUCUAUAGUAUACAUAUUGCAUUUGCAAAUUCACAUCUUUUGUAGGACUCACAGCUGGCCAAUAGAGCUGUUCCAGUCUUGUAACGCUACUUUAAGACAGCUUUAUUUACCUAGAAAUAUGACAGUGAAUCGAACUAAUAUCUUUUUCCAAGGGGUUUGACCCCUUCAUAGUGUGUCAAACAGGUGACAGCAGUAAAGGAUGUCUGGGGAGAGAGAGAGGUGAAGGGAUGUAGGUAAGAUUAAUAUAAUGGUUGGUGAAGAAAAAAUAAGUGGGAAAGUUGUCUUGUAACAGACAUAGCCAUGUUUUGUUUAUCAGAGGAGUUUUGUAAGUGUGAUGAUGGAUUACGUUUACGUUUCUGUGUGUUUGAUACCACAUCAUGAUUUAAACAUUAAAUAAUGUCUUUAAUAGAGGAGGUAACUAACUAUUAUCUCUGUGUUAAAAGAUAUAGGCCUAUACUUUAAACUUUAUCGUUGGAGAAUCUAGAGGGAAGAAUAUCUUUGAUCUAACAUUUUGUAACAUUAGGUAUUGUUGUAUUUUAGGGAUAGAGGUUAUUGACACUUUUGGAACAUUUCUGUUGUGAGUAUAGCUGAAGAGAAGUUCGCUACCAAUUUUCAAAGCUGAGGUGUAUUUUUCAAAUCAAACACAUUAGCUUCUCAAAUAUUUAGAACGUGUUUAAUGGUUCUAUAAAGGUUGAAUUAAUAGUUGUAUAUUUUAUAUUAUCUUAAAAGUACCAAUGUGCCUUGUAAAAAGAGAAUAAUUAUUUUGAAAAAUUUGAAGGAAAUGAAAUAAGAGGAGAAUUGAACUUAGUAGUUUGGAGCUGGAUUAAACUAACUCUGAGGUAGUGUUUUGCCAAGUCUGAUGCAAGUUCAAGAUGGGAAAACAAUAACCUUACCCCAUUAGAACUGAGAAGUUUCAACUGGCUAAUGUCUUCCUCAACACCAUUUUUUUGAGUUUGGACGCAGUAACUGAAGCAUCUGGCAAAAACAAUCACACACACUGUAGCUAGUCUGUUGUCAUGGAAUCAACAAUGAUGUUAUUUUGAAGUCAGUACACUAAUGUGAAUGAGGUUUGCACUAAAAGCUGUAUACCUCAUCCUCGUUCUCCGGGAUUAAAUCAGAUCUCAUUUGGGCUUUUAAAGGCGAUUGCCGAUUGAGACGAUAUGCAGUGUUUACUGUGAAUGGGAUCUCCACAAAUGCGGGAACAUUGCCUUCUAAAGCUGCAAUGCCUAUAACUCGUGAUCGUGAUCGGAUUGAAUCCCGUCCUUGAGAUGAUAGUCUGUUUAUGACUUAAUGAUUGAUUUAACAAACACAAGUAGGAGUUUAGUCUGUUAACUUACAUAUAAUGUGUGGAUACUGAACAAUGCCUUAUGCAUAAUUUGUCAAAACUUGGACAUCACACUCAGUUGGUUUUAGUUAUAUGGGGAGGUGAAGGAUAGUUAGCCUGGUUCCAGAUCUGUUUGUGACUCUUGACAAUCCCUAUAGUCAUUGUGACAGCACAAUCAGAUCUUGAACCAGCCUACAGGAUAGUAGUCUACUCAUAAAAUAUUAGGCUUUAUAAUAGUGAGGAGAUGCAUCAUAGCCAUUCUAUGGAUAUUGUAUUAUCAUCUGAACAAAAAGGGUUUAUUUAAUCAUAUUUGAUGUGAAUCGUGUAUUGAUAUAGAGGGUUUCGUUCGUGAUUACAGGUCAUAGCAGAUUAUUAUUUUCUCCCCACAUAAUGUUGGGAUCAAUUCUAUAUUUUCAGUACUGUAGCUAAUGCUAUUUAUCUGUUUCUCUGUCAUAUCUAAUAAGUGUUAUAAAACCAACUACAACCGAGCAGAACACUGCUGAUAUCCUAUCUUUACAAUAUAUUCUAGUCUUUAUUCUCUUCCCAACAGUAGUGUAUCAGUAUAUUGUAUGUUUCCAUUAGCCAUCUCCGUUAGCUUGGGUAUUAGCCAAGUAAAACUAGGACUAGAUACAAUCAGAUCAAGCGUUAACCAGCGAUAGCCGACAGCUGCACAGCUGAUGUGUUGGAGGAGUCGGAGGUGUAACUGCAUUGGAGCUGUCCAAUCAGUGAGCAGCUGCUCUUGAUCAUUGUCACGAAACCACACCCAUCCCACUUGCGUUAGAAGAUCAGAACGAGAAAGUGUAGGCUAUAUAGAUGAAAUAAUUAUGCUCAAAUUGAAAAUCAUAAAAAUAAAUAAUGAGGGCCUCCCGAGUAGCGCAGUGGUCUAAGGAUCUCUAGCUGUGCCACUAGAGAUCCUGGUUCGAGUCCAGGCUCUGUCGCAGCCGGCCGCGACUGGGAGACCCAUGGGGCGACGCACAAUUGGCCCAGCAUCGUCCGGGUGGGCCGGGCGCAAUCUACGCUGACACGGUCGGCAGUUGUACAGUGUUUCCUCUGCGGUUGACUUCCGGGUUAAGCAGGCAUUGUGUCAAGAAGCAGUGCGGCUUGGCUUUUAUUCUAAAUGAAUAAAAAUAAAAAAGAUUUCUAUCAGCCUAAUCGAGGUGUAGAUUACAUCUCACAUUCCAGUCUUCGAACUUGUGAACAAGGCUGCAUGGGAUAUCUCUUACUGCGACUCCUUUCAGCCAAUGGCAAUGCCAUUCUCCAUUCUUUAGGUACACUAUAAUGCCAGGAGCGGCUUGUGGAUUUGACAACUAACUCAUUUCCACCUUCGACACCGCCAAAACAAUCGCUAUGCGGAUGACAGCUAAAGCAGAUCUAAUUGAAUAAAACCCCUAAAGUGCUAAUACUGAUCAAAAUCGAUAUGCAUUAGGCUUAUGAGUGCUCUGACUUAAGGAAUAUAAGGAUAAGAAAAUCCUUAAGAAUAUAAGGAAUAUCAUGAAGAAUAUAAAGAAAAUAUAAAAUUGCCCAAUAUAUUUUUGUGGGAUAGUCUGAUUCCGUCCAGACAAGUUUGUGAAGAAGCCAUGUGUUUGAGAUGGCGUUACGAGUCAAUGGAAGCAGUUCAUACAAUGUGUUUACGUAUUUAAAACGUAUACAAAUGCUUUUUCAGAUGUGUUUUUUGUCUUGAAUUUAGGGCUGGAUUCAAUCCGUAUCGCAGAAGAUCAGCGUAAAAAUGUAAAGGUCAUUUCUGAUUGAGCCGACAUAAUCAGCGUUUAACGUGAAUGCAGUCUCCACGAACAGGGGAACAUUACUUUUUAAAUGUAAUCUGCGCUAUAAUGCGGAGCUUCCGUGAUGCUUCUGCGAUAAUGAUUUAAUCCAGCCCUGACAUAUACUUGACUUUUCUAGUUCCUUUUCAGUAUGGGUUUGUUAUUUUCUAUGAAAGAUUUGUGUAUUUUGGAAAAAAUACUUUAUAGAUGUAAAAAAAAAAAAAAAAGAAACUCGUUAUUUUUCCCUGAAAAAUACAUUUUACAACUGACUGUUUUAUGUAUAUAUUAGAUGGCCAUAAUUUUUAAGGAUCUUAGCUCCUCUGAAAUGUAAUGCAAUUUUUAAGCUUUCUAUGUGAAAAAGGGCCUAUAUUGCUGAGAAACAAAUAAAGCGGGAAGAGUUUUUCGUUGAUGUUUUACAGUGAUCUGAGGGGUUUAUCCUACAGAAAUAUUUAUGAAAAGAUUUUUUACAACACUUUUUUUUAUAUAAAAUAAGCAACAGUUACACUAAGAAGGAAAUAUUGAAAUACAUAGAUUAAAAAAGUUGGUACAUAAUUAUGAACACCCUUUACUCAAUUAUAAGCCAUUGUGUGUGGGUUUUUUUUGCGGUUAGAAACGUUAUCAGUAUUGCAUAACCCAGAAUGAUACCCAAGUGCUUUAACUAAUAUGUCAGAGUUACAAUUUGUGUCCUUUGAAUAGCAUGCAUUCAUGUUGUAUUACGAGUAUUACAUUAUUAUGAAAAUGGCAGACAUAAUUACCAAUGUUUUGUUAUUAAAAUUCUAUAUCAUUGAUUAAGAUGUUACUAGGAUAAGCAAUAAUACUGUUGUGUUAACAUGCAGAAGAAAUCAUCUUUAUAUUUGAAUGACUGAUACUCGCCACUAUAUAAGCACAUUCAACUGUGAGUUCUAGUUUGCCAAAGCAGCUACAACACGGAACUAUUGUGAAAUAAACAUUUUUAUUCAUAGUGUUGUUAAACCUGGACUCAGGGGUAGACGUAACAUAGUAAACAUAAAUCUGUCUCCCUCCGUGUAAUAUAAUAUCUUAUGUUUCGUAUGGUAUGUUACGAAUUCCAAUUUGUUGUGGGUAACGUUAGCUAGGUGGCUAACUGGCUAUAGUUAGCUAGGCUAGGGGUUAGGGUUAAGGUUAGGGGUUAGGUUAAAGGAAGGGUUAGCUAACAUGCUAAGUAGUUGCAAAGUUGCUAAUUUUCUAAAACUGUCUGUGAUGAGAUUCGAACACGCAACCUUUGGGUUGCUAGACGUUCACGUUAUACGCCUGCCCAUCCACCCCGACCAACCACCCUACUUUCGUUUUUGCCUAAAGUAAGCUUCUGUCUCAUGUAGCCAUACCAAACGUAACAUGUCAUACUAAUUUGAGUGUCCUGAAUUUAUAUUUAAUAUGUUACGUCUAGUCUAUGAGACCAGGCUGUAGUUCAGAGUGUAACUUACUUUAUGAGACAAAAUUACUAUUAUAGAGUUUGCAUGUGCAUGUGUUUUGAUUUUAAAUGAAAAAUGUGUAUUACUUUGUGCAAUGUAUUUAAUUUUAGCACUGUAACGUAGUUGGCUACAUACUGUAGUGGGCUACAUAGAGUCAGUCCUUAAUAGCACCCUAUUCAUUUUAUAGUGCACUACUUUUGACCCAGCACAUAGGGCUCUGGUCAAAAGUAGUGCACUAUUUAGAGAAUAGGGUGCCAUUUGGGAUGUACAAUAGUCUCAGCAUUCUCAACAACUUCAAAUUGAUUGUUACUAGUCAUAAAAAUGUAUCGUUCACUGAUAGUGUAUACCAAUUUAUACAUACUAACUGAAUGUACUGUUUUAACACUUAAGUGGUCGAUUGGACAUUCAUGUUUGUUCUUUGACGUCUGUAACGUUUUGAGAUUGUAUGCUAUAAUUGGAUUGAGUGAGUUAGGAUGAUGAGUGAGAAGUUGUUGUGGAAAAAGACAAUAACACUUCUGUUGCAACACGUCCCUGAAAUGGCAUUCCCAAAUGUGCCUUAUUUGUUAGUUAAGAAAACAACAAACUACUUUCCCACUGGGCACAGACAUCAAUUCAACAUCUAUUCCACGUUGGUUCAGCGUAAUUUCAUUGAAAUGACAUGGAAACAACAUUUAUUCAACCAGUGUGUGCCCAAUGGGUUAGUGCUUUAGUGCUAUUAGGAAUUUUGAUGAAUAAAAUAAAUGUUAAAUUCGAAA